ACGUCUGUGACUAAUGAGAGUAGAGUAGGGGCGGGGUUUUUGGCGUUGCUGGUCAGGCGUGUUGGAGAGAUUUGAGGAGCCGAAGCCGGGAGUCGGACAGCAGCCGGAGAGUCAACGGUGUCGGUGUCGGUGGUGGAGUCCGAGCAGCACUUUAGAAAAGGAGCAUUGUUGGAGUGAGGAAGGUACAGGUCGUUCUCCAGGGAGAUGGCAGCAAAGAUAUCCAAAGAUGAGCUGGAGGAGCUGCGUGAAGCCUUCGGGAAAGUCGAUCUGGACAGUAACGGCUACAUUAACGACUACGAGCUCCACGACCUGUUCAAAGAGGCCAACCUGCCUCUUCCUGGGUACAAAGUCCGUGAGAUCAUCCAGAAGCUGAUGACUGAGGGCGACAAAGACAAGGACAACAGGAUCAGCUUCGAAGAAUUUGUUUCAAUCUUCCAGGAGCUUAAAAGUAGUGAGAUUGCAAAAACCUUCCGCAAUGCUAUUAACAAGAAAGAGGGCAUCCUGGCCAUUGGGGGCACAUCGGAAUUGUCCAGUGCAGGCACACAGCACUCCUACUCAGAGGAGGAAAGGUUUGCUUUUGUGAACUGGAUCAAUUCUGCUUUGGAGAAAGACCCAGACUGCAAGCACGUGCUGCCCAUGAACCCCAACACUAAUGACCUCUUCAAGGCUGUAGGUGAUGGCGUUGUUCUGUGUAAAAUGAUCAACCUGUCUGUCCCUGAUACGAUUGACGAGAGGACAAUAAACAAGAAGAAACUGACACCAUUCACGACACAGGAGAACCUCAACCUGGCGCUGAAUUCUGCCUCAGCCAUUGGCUGCCACGUGGUGAACAUCGGCGCUAUGGAUCUGCGCGAAGGAAAGCCACAUCUGGUGCUGGGCCUGCUGUGGCAGAUCAUCAAGAUCGGCCUGUUUGCAGACAUCGAGCUCAGCAGGAAUGAGGCGCUGGCAGCAUUGCUUCGGGAAGGCGAGACUCUGGAGGAUCUGAUGAAACUUUCCCCAGAGGAGUUGCUCCUGCGAUGGGCCAACUUUCAUCUUCACAACGCUGGCUGGCAGAAAAUCAACAACUUCAGCACCGACAUAAAGGACUCCAGGGCUUAUUUCCACCUCCUGAACCAAAUUGCACCAAAAGGCAAUAAAGAGGGUGAGGAGCGGAUCGACAUCAGCAUGGCAGGCUUCAAUGAGAAAGACGAUCUGAAGAGAGCAGAGGCUAUGCUGCAGCAGGCCGAGAGACUGGGCUGCAGACAGUUUGUCACACCCACCGACGUCGUGGCUGGAAACCCCAAACUGAACCUGGCGUUUGUCGCCAAUCUCUUUAACAAGUAUCCAGCACUGACCAAACCUGAGAACCAAGACAUCGACUGGGGACUGCUGGAGGGUGAAACCCGAGAGGAGAGAACUUUCCGAAACUGGAUGAACUCACUGGGUGUGAACCCUCAUGUUAACCACCUAUACAGUGAUAUCCAAGAUGCUCUGGUCAUCCUGCAGCUCUACGAGAGGAUCAAGGUUCCUGUUGACUGGAACAAUAAAGUCAACAAGCCCCCAUACCCAAAGCUCGGGUCCAACAUGAAGAAGCUGGAGAACUGCAACUACGCUGUUGAACUGGGGAAAACUACAGCGAAAUUUUCACUGGUGGGCAUCGGAGGCCAAGAUCUAAACGAUGGGAACCCCACCCUGACCCUGGCUCUGGUCUGGCAGUUAAUGAGGAGAUAUACUCUGAAUGUCCUCGAGGACCUGGGAGAAGGAGAAAAGGUGAACGAUGAAAUCAUUGUCAACUGGGUUAAUAAAACUUUGGCUGGGGCAGGAAAGAAGACAAAAAUUUCAAGCUUUAAGGACAAAGAGAUCAGCUCCAGCUUGCCAGUGUUGGACCUUAUAGAUGCCAUCCAGCCCGGCUGCGUCAACUACGAGCUGGUAAAAACGGGCAGCCUGUCCGAGGCUGACAAGCUGGACAAUGCUAAAUUUGCUGUAUCCAUGGCCAGGAAGAUCGGGGCACGUGUGUAUGCAUUGCCUGACGACCUGGUGGAGGUCAAACCCAAAAUGGUCAUGACCGUGUUCGCUUGCCUGAUGGGUCGAGGAAUGAAGAGGGCGUAAGAAAAGAAAAGAUAAAGAAAGAAAACCCAGAAAUGCUGCGGCCAAUCAAAAGCCGACGUCUGACCCACAAGCCAUUUGCUGGAUGAAAGGCUUCAGGUUAAAUAAUUUAGCCAUAACAAUUUUGAAAAAAAGAAAAAAAAGAACUUGGAUCAGAUGUUAAAAGAAAUCAUGUUUAAGUUUGACAGGACUAGGGUUAUAUCUGUAAACGAUUUAGCUAAGGGAGGGUGGGAUCUUUAGCUUUCUUUUUUUUUUUUUUUUUUUCUUAGACCAGAUUUAAGGUUCCAGCAGAUCUGCGCCCGGUACAUGCCUUUUCAACCUUAACGAUGCAAGACGACCAAAACAUAUCAGUGACGGAACCUAAGCCAUGUUGAACUGUGCCAUGUGUAUUUUAUUUGCAUAUUUGAUAACGGAGGAACGUACUCGAGUGACUGGCGUCAUUUUAAACCUGACUGCUCUUAAACGCUGUGUGAGGAAAAGGCCUUACUUACGUACAGUAUUGCCUCCAUACAGUACAUAAUCCAGUGGCCUCUUUAAAAGACAUCGAAUUAGAUGCUUAUUUUCCUACCGUUUUAUACAUAAGCAGAGUUUAUGGUAAAGCAGUUAGAACUACAUAAACAUCCUUUGCAGGCAGAAACUUUAACACAUUCCUUAGUUACGAUCUCAUUUUACGACGUGUCUUAUGUACAUAUACAUGUAUACGCAAGUAUGCUUUUUACAAAGAAAACAAAAGGACGAUCCAAACGAAAAUAACUAUGCAUGAACAAUCUUUUUUUUUUUUUUUUUUUUUAUAAAUCUGUUAUUUAAAGCAAUACACUCCUGGGAAUUUGACCGACGCUUUAAAAAUACUAAUGCAUAGUGAAAACUGAAAGAAAAAUGGGAAAAGUGGUAAAUGAUGAACUUUGUGAGUUGAUUGUAAUGUUAAUGUUGGGGAGAUAAAACUGGAACUGCCUGGAUUUAUUGAUGCAUGUUGACUGGACCAUAUGACCAAAACAAAUGUAAACAUUUCUUGCAGCUUGACCAUGUGCAUACUGAAAAUAAAUCAGUUCAUAACA